AUCAUCACACAACAAUCUUAUAUAUUUCAGUAUUCGGGAUGGGAAAAAAAAGARGUGGAUGACAAAUAUUCCAACCAAAAACAAUUGAGCGACGUGGUUGCAGAUUAUUUCUUUGUUUGUCCAACCAAYCUGUUUGCCAACAUCGUGUCAAGUCGUGGAGCUCGGGUGUACUACUACUUCUUUACUCACAGGACUGACUCACACUUGUGGGGUGAAUGGAUGGGCGUAUUGCAUGGCGACGAGAUGCAAUACGUGUUUGGUCAUCCAUUGAACAUGUCGAUGCCGUACAAUGCCAGAGAAAGAGAUUUGAGCAUACGAAUCAUGGAAGCAUUCACCAGAUUUUCGUUGACCGGAACACCUGUCUCAGAUGACAUAGAUUGGCCACUAUACAAUGAAACAAACCCGAUAUAUCAUGUUUGGAAUGCUGCUGAAAUGCACGUUGGUUACGGACCUAGAGCAGCUGAAUGCCAGUUUUGGAACGGAUUUUUCCCGAAAAUCGCCCAAGCCUUGAAAGAAAGUAGUAAAGUUACUUGUGAAGAUUAUCCAGAUUCAAUGCCCACUAUCGACGAAAAUUGUACGUUCCCGUCAUCGUCUGCUACUAUCAAUCCACAAAUCUCCUUCAGCAUAAUAUUCAUCUUCGUUCUACCGGCACAUAGAUUGUUCUAAAUGAAAAAAUAGAAACGACAACUUAAAUAUAUCAAAACAAACCAAAAAAAAAAAAAAAAAA